AGACGGUUCGUUUCGGUGCGGUCGCUCGCUCAGUUCACACAUGCUGAAUAACUGUAACCGCAACUAAAGCCAACGAGUGCGAGCAUUUGUUUUAGUUGUUCUUUUUGCUCUCGCAGCCUCUCGCUGGCGCUAACUUCGCUGUCGCUGUCGCUGCCGCUGCCGCUGUCGUCGUUGACGUCGCUGUCGCCGUUGGCGUUGGCGUUGGCGUCGACGCCCAACUUGAUUUCUUCCAAUCUUGGCUGGGAAAUCGGAAUCGCAACAAUUGGAAUAGUCGUUGAAUUUGCGUGCUGCGAUAAGCUAGCACAACCAGCAGCCCCCUCAGCACCCUUCCAGCUACCAUCCCACCCCAACCCACCACAGCGCGGCGUGGCGUGUCAAGUGCAGGCACUCGCUGCUGCCGCUGCCACUGCCGCUGCUGUUGUUUCAAUCAGCCGCCAGAUUCACACUCUCAGCUUCAGCUUCAGCGUCAGCCUCAGCUAGCGCCGGCGUCAGCCAGACGCGUUCCAUGACUUCCAACUCUGCGCGCCCAGCGACCGACCGUGAUUAACUUUUACGGUUUUAGUCCGCUCGAUGACGCCGAACACAACAGUUAUACAACAGGCCAGCAGCUGCUUGCAUGGCUGAUAAAAGCCAAAAGAAAUCUGUUCCGUAACAGUUGCCUCUGUUGAACGCGCGUGUAAAUCCGUUUCCGUUUACCGAGCUCCCACAUCCGUAUCCGCUGCCGUUUUCGCUGCCCAUGCCGUAGCGUGUGCCACGCCAAAGCUUUUAAACGUUUACGAGCACUUAUCAAAAAAAAAAAAAAAACAAACAAAAAAAAAAUAAGGAAAAGAAAAGCCAAAAACAAACAAAAAACUCAACUCAUGAACGUUGGCAAGAUGCAAGCGCCUGGCCAGCAUCAGCAUCUGCUGCAUCCGGCCGCAUCCGCUGGUCCGCCGCCGCCGCCGCCGGCGCAACAGCACCACCUGCCCAUCGACUAUAGUUUGGGCAACUUUAAGCCCGCCAUUGCAGCUGAUUUUCCCGGCGGCCCCUUUGGCGCCAGCCCCUCCGCAUCCUCCGCAUCGCCCUCAACCGCCACGUCAAGCGCCGCGCUGCAGGUGCGCGAUCUCAGCACCUUGACCACAAUGGCAGCAAUACCCUCACCCACGCAGCUGCUGCACCAGCGCAUGCAACCGGCCCAAAUCACGGUGGAUGCACAUCAUCAACAGCACCAGCAGCAGCAGCAGCAGCAGCAAUUGCCGCCGGCGGCUAUAUCGCCACAUGAUUACGCGCCCAUGUCCGCCUUCAAGGCGGUGCUGCCCAAGAAGCGAAACACCGACGAUGCAUCGCACCCCUUUAGCAUAAGCAGAUUGGUCAAGACUGAACACCUGACGGCAAUUGUGGCAGCCGCGGGCCUGAAGCCACCGCCGCUGUCGGCGCACAGCGUCGCCUUGGCGGAGGACAACAACAAUUCCAUCUCGAUGCUGAGCAAGAACCAACAGCAGCAGCAUCAGCAGCAUCAGCAGCAGCAGCAGCAACUGCAGCGUCCCAAGCUGCUGCCUUAUCUGAGCGCCAGCGAACAGCUGCGGCAGUCGCGCUCCCGAUCGAGAUCACGAUCGCGCAGCGCCUCGCACUGCUCCUCGCAGAUCGACAUGGACGAUGCGGACAGCAGUCACGAGCGCUACUCGCGGCAUUCGCGUCGUUCGCUGCACUCGCGCUCUCGCUCCCGUUCCCGCUCCAGAUCCAGAUCACAUUCGAGCAGCUCGUCCGUGGAGCUGGAGGUGGACUCGCCGCCCGGCAGUCCCAGCAUGAGUUCGCCCAGUGCCGCCUCCGUUUCCGCCUCCGAGCUGCUAAUCACGGCCAACAGCAAUAGCAGCGCCAAGAAAUCCGAUUUGUUCUCCGUCUCCGCGCUGUUGCGUCGCGACGAGCCGACAACGCGCCGCGCACGUAGCCCACCGCUUGGCCUGGUUGGCGCCUCGACUGCAGCGCUGGCGCUGCCCAAUCCGCUGGAGGCCAUGCGCCAGAGCUACCCGCCCAACUAUGAUGCGGCCAUGUUCCAGCGCCCCAUCUUCUCCCCGGCGCUGCCCUUCUUUGCCGCGAUUGCCUUUCACCAGGGACAGCAGCAGCAGCAACAACAGCAAUCCGGACUAGUCGCAAGCUACCAUCCGGACUCGCAGGAAAAUCUCUUCCGACUGCGCAGCCUGAUGGUGCCACUCCAGUCUGCUGGCCAGAAUGGCUCCACUGCGGCUGCCGCGGCGGCAGCGGCAGCGGCGGCCGUCGGUGUGGGCGUUGGCGUAGGCGUGCCACCGGGCGGCGGGCAUUUGGGUCUGCCGCAUCAGCCGCAUCUGCACUUCCAUCACAUGGCCGCCAAGUGGCCGGGCCUGCAUCAAUUUAGCGACCUGUACUCGUGCAUGAAGUGCGAGAAAAUGUUCUCCACGCCGCACGGACUCGAGGUGCACUCGCGCCGCACCCACCACGGCAAGAAGCCCUACGCCUGCGAGCUGUGCAACAAGACCUUUGGACAUGAGGUCAGCCUUAGCCAGCACAGGGCGGUGCACAACGUGGAAAAGGUCUUCGAGUGCAAACAGUGCGGCAAACGCUUCAAGCGCUCCAGCACCCUCUCCACCCAUCUGCUCAUCCACAGCGACACGAGGCCUUAUCCCUGCAGCUACUGCGGCAAGCGAUUCCAUCAAAAGAGUGAUAUGAAGAAGCACACCUACAUCCACACGGGCGAGAAACCGCACAAGUGUCAGGUGUGCGGCAAGGCGUUCAGCCAGAGCUCCAACCUGAUAACGCACUCCCGCAAGCACACAGGCUACAAGCCCUUCUCCUGCAAGCUAUGCCACAAGUCCUUCCAGCGCAAGGUGGAUCUGCGACGCCACAAGGAGACACAGCACACAGAUCUGCGCGUACAUCUGGGCAAGGUGGACUUCAUGUCGGCCGCAGCCGCAGCUGCCGAACUGGGCGCCGGACCCGGACCCGGACCGGGCAUCGGCCUGCCCAUAUCAACGCAGACGGCGCCGUCAGCGCCAGCGAAUACCUCCACGCCGGUUAGCUCGAUGAAUUGCCAGAAGGUCUCGCUGCUGGCAUAACAGCAACAACUGCAGCAGCGGGAGCAGCAGCCAGCGCCAGUUGCAUUACCAGGUCCAGUACCGCAUAGCCCAGUCCCAAACAAUCGGAAUCAUUGUGCAAUAGCUGCCGACACAAUUGGCCGCCGGCAUCCAUUUCCAUUUGCCGUUAACAAAAUUUGAAUAGUUUAAGCCGAGAUGCAAAAGAAAUUUCCAGUGUUGCCAAACAUAAAUAGAUGCAUACCAUAAACAACAUUAUACCAAAGAGAAACAGUUAAACCAAAAUAAAAAACAAAUCUUA